GAUCAGGUUUAUGUAGGCCGCAGUGAGAUGUGCCAGGAUGCCCUGAAAAACAAAGACCUCAGUCUGACCCUGAAAGACCUCCACCUCACUGACAGUGGAGUCUACACCUGCACCGUCUACAACAAGGAUGGACACAUGCUGCUACAGAAAUCAGUGACUCUCAGUGUCAGAGACUUCCAGGUGGAGAUGAUGACUGUGACACAGGGGGAGAGGUCUGUCCUGAUACCUUUUAAAGUCACAGAUGAUCUUCCUCAGGAUGUCAAAGUGGAGUGGAAACUCACUUAUCCUGAAGAAACAAUGAUCCACUUGUAUGAGAGCAGCAAAAAACAGCAUCUCUCACAAGACCCAGUUUAUACAGGCCACACAGAGAUGGAUGAAGACCCACUGAAAACUAAAGACCUCAGUCUGACCCUGAAAGACCUCCACCUCACUGACAGUGGAGUCUACACCUGCACCGUCUACAACAAGGAUGGACACAUGCUGCUACAGAAAUCAGUGACUCUCAGUGUCAAAGAGACGCCAGACACAGGUGUCCAAAAGAUAGACACGUCUGACGCACAAGAAACACCAAACACAGCUGUCCAACAGGGAGACACAGACCAGGAAACAACUCAAAGAGAUGCAGAUGUGGAACAUGGAGACACACCUGGCACAGGAUGGGGGAAUACUGUUACUGGAUGGGUGAGCCAAAAAGGUGGCCAGGCUGUGGCUCAAAGUGGACGAAAUGGAACUGGAGUAUGAAGAACAGACCCUCUGUUAGCUUGUUGUGGUUCAUACACUGUAAAGUAUGUGGUGUAACUAUGAUACCAUAAACAUGAAGAUGCAGCUUUGCUUUGACCUUCCUCUGCUAACAGCUGAACAACCUCAGCCAGCUGUUUCUCUAACAUUAGAAGCUCAUAAUGAUGAUGAUCCAGAGUGUGUUGUUCCUCAGUGUUGGUUCCCGGUGCUGCUGUGCUGUUUCCUUGUGUUCUGAUGGAUCUCCAUCUAUAGCCUUGUGCUGAAGCCUGUGGGCUGAGUGUGUUGUCCAUAUCAGUGUGACGUGAACUCUAAUCUGAAUGUAUUGUAAAGGUUCAUUAGAACAAACUUACUGCAUGUUUAUAUUUAUUUAUUUAUUGAUUAUAGAAGUGUUGAACUGUGAGGUAAAAGGAAAACUUUAACAUUGAUUCCUUCUCUGUGU